AUUCGUUGUCUAUCGCAUGCUGGAAAGGAUGUCAAAUGUUCCGGUCAUGGAGAGCAUCUGGUAGUAGUAACCGGUCACACCAGGACCAAUACAUCUCUGAUGCCAUAACAUUCUACAUCUUCUCCAACUGUGGAACUUCUCUCGCCAGUUCCAUUGCGUCCCCCAAAACGUCGACAACAAUCAAAAUGCAACUCUCAACCCUCACACCCUCCCUCCUCUACGCCCUCCUCUCCCUCAACCCCGCCGCAGUAAACACCCUCGCCGGCUUCUCCUCAACAUCCACCACCUCAAACACCACUCCUCUCCGCCAAGAUACCUACAUCCCACCCGCAACCAACCUUUUGACACACCGAUCCCUACUCUCCCACCGACGGCGGCAAGAACUCCCAACAGGCCUCGUAAACGCCACGGUCACAUGCCGCGACGGCGAGUUUCAGAACCCGGACGACGAUAUAGCGGCGGUUGUUUGCGGGCAGUACUAUAAGUGUGGUGAUGGGGAGGAGGCCGAGCAGGUGCAGUCUGGGACUGGGGAGGUGGUUUGGAGUGCGGUUUGUGAGGGGUGUGUUGCGGGCCAGGCGAGUGAUAAAGUUAGUGGGUGUGUUUGGACGGAGAUGUAAUAUUGGUUUUAGACUUAAAGAAGAAUAAGAUAAUUUUAAGUCUGGAUGGGGGGUUGAUGAAGUGUGGUGAUUGUGAAGCUGAAAUUUCAGACAUUGAGGCUUUUAGUUGUUGGUCUUGAAGUCUUUUUUCAGGAUGGAGGAGACGUCGCUCUUGAGAGGAAGGCUUAGGACUCAUCGCUGUACAUGCGUAGUUAUAACAGUCAAUAUUUGACCGGUGUCAUGGUUGAUGUGCGAAAAGAGUUUUUGGGUGGAGGUUGAGAGAACCUUGAAGCUGCUUCAAAACAGGAACGAGACUUUCAUGAUAUCGGGGUCUUGGACAAUCAACAAUCAUUCAUUGAUCCGUUAAGAGAAAUAAAGCUUGAAGUGAGGGUGAAGUGAUAUUUGAGCUCUGGAACUCGGAG